AUGGCUCCUCGUUCCAGGACGGCCAUUCUCUUGACGACAUUCAGCUUCAUCUCCCUCAUUGGCGCAGCGUGCUUUUCACAAACCCCCGUUUUCCCGCCACCGACAUACUCUAGCCCGCAACCCGAGCUCCUCGAAGCAUUUCAGCACAUCGAAGCGUCUCUGUCGUCGCUUUUCGCCACCAGCCCAGACCUCAACACGUCGUCCUACUCCAUCGAGGUGACAUCCCCCCACUCGACGCUGUGGUCCACGUUCCACACCGCCGCCGACAAGGACCCGGAGAGGCCGGGAGCUGAACACGUCGACGGCCGCAGUGCCUACCGCAUUGCCAGCAUCACCAAGGUCUUCACGGUGUUGGGGAUCCUGCAACAACAUGCUGCGGGCAACCUGAGUCUCGACGACGCCGUGGACAAGUACAUCCCAGCUCUCACGCACCAAAGCGGCGGGACGAUCCCCUGGGAGGACAUCACCCUGAGGUCGCUCGCGAGCCAGUUCUCGGGUAUCCCGCGCGACUGGGCGCAGAGCGACCUGAUAAAGGCCCUUCCCGACCCAACCGUGCUCGGACUGCCUCCGCUACCUCCGUCUGCGCCAGAAUGGUCACGCCUCCCAACGUGUGACGAGUACAACGAGUACAAGCCGUGCACGCCGGCGGACCUUUUGGACUACAUGUCGGACAAGCCGCCCGUGUUCGCGCCGAACCAGAAGUCGACGUAUUCGAACAUCGCGUUUGAGCUGCUGGGCCUGGUCCUCGCCAACGUCACGGGGACCAGCUACGAAGAGUACAUCGAGUCGGCGAUCCUGCGCCCGUUGGAAAUGACGUCGACGUCGUUCCGAAAACCGCCAGAUUCCGUCGCCAUCCUCCCCAAGGGCAACGCGUGGUACUGGGACGUCGACGAGGGGGUCCAGAACCCGACCGGCGGGCUGUAUUGCCCCUCGAGCGACAUGUCGGUUUUCCUGCGCCACGUUUUGAAGGAGUACGGCAACGUGGCCGACGCCAAGGUCAAUUGGCUGGUGCCCGUGUCGUUCGCGCCCGGGUUGAAGUCGUUCUACGGCAUGCCGUGGGAGAUCCUGCGCCCGGACCACAUCAUCCCGGGCAGCCCCGCGAGGACGGUCAGCUUCUUCACCAAGGGCGGCGGGCUGCCGGGGUACCGCACGCUGAUCGUGCUCGUGCCCGAGUACGAGCUGGGCAUCACCAUCUUCACGGGCGGCGACGAGAGUUUUCUCGACCAGGUCGUCGAGCUGGUCACGGUGCCCUUGAUCCGUGCCGCGGACCGCCUCGCCAGACGCCAGGCCCAGCACCGGUACACGGGGGCUUUUACCGCCGGUCCCGAGAACGCCAUCAAUUCCUCGCUGCGCCUGUCCUACUCGGACUCCCACGGCCUGGAGAUCACGCAGUGGGUGUCCAACGGCACGGACGUGCUCGCGAUCCUCCCCGCGCAGUUUCAUAUUCCGGACAAAUACGACAUCCGUCUCCAAGUGAUCCCCACGUCGCUCUAUCGGGACCAAGCGGCCAAAAAGGGCGAACUGUGGCGCAUCGCAUUUACUCUGGAUCGUUCCGGAAGCUCACCGGCCUCCUCAUCGAGCUCCAGCAACACCAAUGUAUGGGAAGAUUUCUGCACCAGCGACGUCGAUACGCACAUGUAUGCGGGCAAACCGCUGAAUGAGAUUGUGUUCUGGGGCCGAGACGCAGCAGAUGGGGCUGGAGAGGAGGAGCAGCAACAGCAGCAGGAGGAGGAGGAAGGGGGGGAUGGAUGGACAAGGUAUGACGUGGUAGAGCUGACUGCUUUCCGAAUCAACUUGACUCGUCUUCACGGCGAUGAUCAGCAGAGCGGUAGCAGUGAUGGCAGUGGUAGUGGCAGUGGUGGUGGUGGAGAGAAGAACAUGUUUCAUCACACUCACGACCAUGACCAUGACUACGACUACCAGGACCAGGACCAGGAGGACAAGCUCGUUCUUCAAGAUACCCGGAUAUAA